AUGGCAUCUACUCUGGUCCAGUGUGGGGCAUGGAAGCUCACCCUGGAGCUGGGUGGAACUGAAAUUUUGGGCAUCAUGGAAGAUACAGUUGCCACUGCCACAGAGCCAAAGGUUGAGGCAUUUUUCAACGGGACCGUAGACCUGCCUUGUAACUUCAAGAAUCCUGAAGAAAUCAGCCUGGAAGAACUACUGAUAUUUUGGCAAGAUGCCAACGAUCUUGUUCUAUAUGAGCUCUAUCAAGGAAGAGAGAAGCGGGAGUUCAUCCAUCCAAAGUACAUUAAUCGAACGGAAUAUAACCAAACCACUUGGACUUUACGACUCCAAAAUGUUCGGAUUGAGGAUCAGAGGGAAUAUAAAUGUUUAGUCCAACACCGUGGUCCCAAAGGAUUAGUUCUUGUCCAUCAGUUUUCUUUUCAGCUGUUUGUCCUUGCCCCUUUCAGUCAACCUGAAAUAACACGACUUGACAACAUGACAGCAAAAAUUGGAGACGUGUUGAAUUUUUCCUGCUCAGCUGAACAAGGAUAUCCACAACCUGAGGAGAUGUACUGGAUGGUAACAACCGAAAAUUCUACCAAGAUUCCUGGCAUUAUGGAUCUGUCCAUAGAUAAUAUCACUCAGCUCUACGAUGUUAGAACUACCUUAUCCCUAACUUUUAACGAAACUACCAGGAUUAACAUCAGCUGUUAUCUACAGACUGUGGGACAAAAGGAACCCCUUAUCUCCAAGAUUCUGACUAUAGAGAUACAAUCCAAUGAAGACCCGGGAAAUAAUUUCCUCGAAUUGAUUCUUGGACUUGUAUUAUUAUUUAUUGUCAUAGCGAUUGUUUGUUGGACAAAACGCCAUCGUCUCUGUGAUAAAAGAGGAACUACUAAGGAGAAGGCAGAAGAUCCUGGACAUUCUGAAGAAAAGCAAGUACUUCCAACCACAGGACACACAGAACAGGCAGAGAAAUAG